GCUCUAAAAAAAUGAUCUGACAGAUGCAGGAGGGUAGCUUCGCUUUUGCGUGCUGAGUGUCGAGAGAGAAAGGAAAAAAGAAUUGACAUUAACAGACAAACACACUAUUCAUCCCAAUAUUCAGUAGCCUACUGCGAUCAAAAACACUUACAUCAGAUCUACCGUUUCAUUCUCUCUCUCUCUCUCUCUCUUCACAUCUCAACGUUCAAGCUAUUGUCCUCACUCCUCAACUACUACUUCUAAACUCUCUGUUUCGAUUUGGAAGUUGGAACCACUCAGCAUUUUUGUCUCCAUUCACUUCUCCGUCGUCCGUAACGGUCAUUUUACUCGGGGCGGGACACCGGAGCAUCGCUUGAUGACGUAGUUUUCCGAAGGCCAAAAUCCACGGGGAGCUACGACUAGCAAACCUGGGUUUUGGACUCAUACUGAGGCUAGGAAGAUGUUCAGGCCUGCAAGAUGGAGAACCGACAAGAACAAGGUCAAAGCUGUUUUCAAGCUCCAAUUCCAUGUGACUCAGAUGCUGCAAUCUGGAGUGGAUGCAUUGGUGCUCUCUAUAGUCCCUGUAGACAUUGGAAAAGCAACAACAAGAUUAGACAAAGCUUCCGUUAAUGGUGGAAUUUGUAGAUGGGACAAUCCUGUCUAUGAAACUGUCAAGUUUGUUCAGGACUCCAAGACUGGAAAAUUCACUGAGAGAAUCUAUUACUUUGUGCUCUCCACUGGGUUAUCCAAAGCUAGCACCAUUGGUGAAGUUUCUAUAGACUUUGCAGAUUAUGCUGAGGCUACAAAGCCUUCCUCUGUCUCUCUUCCCUUCAAGAAUUCUCGUUGUGACGCUGUUUUGCAUGUAUCAAUUCAGAGACUACAAGAAAACAAUGAUAAAAGAGAGGAAGAAGAAUGCGAAGAUGGAAAAAUAAAACAUGAUGCUAAUAAUAAUAAUAAGAGCUUGAGAACCUAUUUAACCAAUGGACAUGCAGAUGAAAGCACCAGAAGUGAUGCAUCUGAAGACGUUUCUGCCAAAUCAAACACCAGAGGAGCUGAAUUGAGUGCUGAUUGUAGGACUUCUAGUGGAUCUGACUUAACAUUGUCAAGUUCUGAGGGCAGCGGUGGGCUUGAUACACCUCGAGAACACGGAGUAAGAAAUGCUAGCAUCCAACCCAACACGAAUGGUUUUGUUUCUCCUCCAGGGCACCCUCAGGACCCUCAAAAUCCUGCUGCAAAUGCCACAGUGUAUGAUGUGCAACAGAGACCACAAUGGGGCUGGUUAGCUGCUUCAGAACAUGGUUUGAGUACAGACAAUUCAACAAAUGAUUCUCAGGAUGCCCUACCAAAGGAAGGGUCCCAACCAGCAGCUGAUAUGGAAAUUGAAAGGCUCAAAGCUGAACUUACUGCCAUUGCCAGGCAGAAGGAUAUGUCAGACUUGGAACUACAGACUCUCAAGAAACAAAUCAUAAAGGAAAGCAAAAAGGGACAGGACCUCUCAAAGGAAAUCAUGAGCUUGAAGGAGGAAAGAGAUGCACUCAAAGCAGAAUGUGAGAAUCUCAAGUCUUUUCACAAAAGAAUGGAAGAGGCUAAAGCAAGCACCAAGUCACUACUGGAUACUGGAGACCUUCGCACUCUUGUUGAGGAAAUUAGACAAGAACUGAGUUAUGAGAAGGACCUUAAUGCAAAUCUUCGAUUACAGUUAAACAAGACGCAAGAAUCAAAUGCUGAACUUGUUCUCGCUGUGCAGGACCUGGAUGAAAUGUUAGAGCAGAAAAAUAAGGAAAUAUAUAAUCUUUCGAAUAACCAUGAACCGAAUAAGAACUCUCAUGAGAUGGAGAGGAAAAGUUCAAAAUAUGAAACAGAAGAUGAUGAAGAUCAGAAAGAAUUGGAAGAGCUGGCUAGGGAGCACAGCGAUGCCAAGGAGACUUACUUACUUGAGCAAAAAAUUUUAGAUCUGUAUGGCGAAAUAGAGUUGUAUAAGAGAGACAAAGACGAGUUAGAGAUGCAGAUGGAGCAGCUUGCACUAGACUAUGAGAUAUUGAAACAGGAAAACCAUGACAUAGCAUACAAGCUGGAACAGAACCAACUGCAAGAACAGUUGAAAAUACAAUAUGAAUGCUCAUCUCCUCCUCCUGCUAUAGAGGGGAUCGAAAGCCACACUGAGAGUCUGGAGAAUCAACUCAAGAAUCAGUCAGAAGAAUUGUCAAAUUCUAUGGCUACUAUCAAGGAGCUUGAAGACCAAGUCUGCAAGUUAGAGGCACAAAUCAGCAAGUUAGAGGAGGAAAUGGAGAAACAGGCCCGUGGGUUUGAAUCUGAUGUAGAUGCUCUGAGACGUGACAAAGCUGAACAGGAGCAAAGAGCCAUCCAAGCUGAGGAGGCUUUGCGUAAGAGCAGGAGCACAGAAAGCCAUAUCAAAAGUCUGGAAAGUCAACUUAUGAAAGAGUCAGAAGAAUUGUCACAUUCCCUGGCUACUAUCAAGAUACUUGAAGCCCAAAUCAGCAGGUUAGAGGAGCAACUAGAGAAACAAGCUGAUGAGUUUGAAGUUGAUCUAGAUGCUGUGACACGUGACAAAAUCGAACAGGAGCAAAGAGCCAUCCAUGCUGAGGAAGCUUUGCAAAAUGUCACGAGCACUGUCGAGAGUUUGGAAAAUCAACUUGUGAAACAAUCAGAUGAAUUGUCGAAUUCUCAGGCUACUAUCAAGGUACGUGAAGCCCAAAUUAGCCGGUUAGAGGAGAAAAUGGAGAAACAGGCCCGUGGGUUUGAAGCUGAGCUUGAUACUGUGAUGUGUAACAAAGUUGAGCAGGAGCAAAGAGCCAUCAAUGCUGAGGAAGCCUUGCAAGAGAGCAGGAGCACUGAACGUUGUAUUGAGGUUCUGGAAAAUCAACUUAAGAAACAAUCAGAAGAAUUGUCAGAUUCUCUGGCUACUAUCAAGGUACUUGAAACCCAAAUCAGCAGGUUAGAGGAGGAAAUGGAGAAACAAGCUCAUGGAUUUGAAACUGAUCUAGAUGCUGUGACACGUGACAAGAUUGAGCAGGAGCAAAGAGCCAUCCGAGCUGAGGAAAUUUUGCGUAAGACAAGGCUUAGAAAUGCUAAUACUGCUGAGAGGCUUCAAGAAGAAUUCAAAAGGCUCUCAGUGCAAAUGGCCUCUACAUUUGAUGCAAAUGAGAAGGCUACCAUGAGAGCAAUGAAAGAAGCUAGCGAACUUCGUGCCAGAAAAAGACUGGUGGAACAAAUGCUGCAUAAAGUCAAAGAAGAGCUUCACUCUGUCAAAGGUGAUUAUGAGGUAAAACUGAUUGGGCUUUCCAAUCAAAUUGAUGUCAUGACAGUCAAAAUACAACAGAUGUCGUUGGAAAUUGAGGACAAGUCCAAGCAGCUUGAAAAUCAGAAGAAUCAUGAUGAACAAGUUAGUAGUGAUUUCCCUGAGGAAAUGCAGAAUCUAAAAGCUGAGAAUGAAAGGCUUAAAGCAGAGAUUUCAUGCUUCUCAGAGCACUUAGUACAACAAGAAACUUUGAGAACGGAACUGGAAGCUAUGAAGAAAUCAGUUGAAGAAUCUGAGACUCUGUUGCAGAGAAAGACCGUGGAAAGAAAUGAGCUGGUGAUUACAAUUGUUUUAUUGAAGGAGGAGGCAGAACAGCUGCUUGAUGAAUUAAGUAAAAUGAGGGAUCUCAAAAAUGAAAAAGAAACAGUGGGUAGUAGAGACUUGCAGUCAGAGUUAGAAGAACUUAGGGCUCAAUAUGAUGCCUUGAAACGUUCUCUUUCUGAGGAUGAGGCUGAGAUAGAAAAAUUAAGAAAACAAAUUUUCCAGCUAAAGGGUGAACUAAAGAAAAAGGAUGAUGCAUUAGCCAACAAUGAGAAGAAGCUCAAGGAUAGGAAUGGACACACACAACUUUCUGAUGGAGCUAAAACCAGUCCAAAGAACAAAAAAUCUGCUCCAAAUUCUCAAAAUUCAAAAGAAAUGGCAAGCCUCAGAGAGAAAGUAAAAAUGCUCGAGGCCCUGAUAAAGUCAAAGGAAACUGCAUUGGAAACGUCAACUUCCUCUUUUCUGGAGAAGGAAAGGGAACUGCAGUCCAAAAUUGAGGAACUGGAGGACAAGGUGGAGGAAUUCAGUCAGAGCAUUGCACUGCAAACGGUUGUCGAGGAUAAGUGUGUUACAGUUGAGCCUCCUAAUGAUUCUGCAUGUGUGUCUGGACAAAACGGUGCUGCUGCUGCGUUGUCAUUAUCCAAGAGCGAUGCAAAUUCCUUAGAGAAAGAAGCAGAUAUGUCCAGAGUGGAUAAUGGGGAUGGCAACCUUUGCAGCGACAUGUUAACCGAAUUGUUGUUGUUGAAGGAAAGAAACAAAUUGAUGGAAAAUGAGCUGAAAGAGAUUCAAGAAAGAUACUCCGAAAUGAGUCUAAAGUUUGCAGAGGUAGAAGGUGAAAGACAGAAGCUUGUUAUGACUGUACGGUAUCUCAAGAAUUCACGCAAGGGUGGUCAGUGACCUAUUGUUCCUAUCCAGCUAUCUUGGGGGCCUCCACUGUAUAGUUACUACAUAUCACAGCAAAAGAGAAAACAGAAAACAGUUAAAAUAAAUAAGUUAAUGUGUAUAUUGGCAACAUAAUAUGUAUCCCUUUUCCCCUUUUCAUAGUUUUUUUUUCUUUUCUUUUGGGGUGGGAGGUUUAACUCUUGAUGUGUUCCACAUAAGGGUACCAUUUUAGAGUUAUCAGGUACUUUGUAAUGCCAAGAGUGUGAGUUAGUUGACAAAUAGAAUGUUGAGCAGUUCUUUGAUUGUUUCUUUUUCGUUGUGUUUAUAUUCAUAUUCUUUUAUUGUAUCCUUUCAUUGUUUAAUAUAAAUGAGAAGUUCUUUCAUUGCAUAUUUAA